AUGGAGUUGGAUGAUAAUCGCGCCUCUCUCUCAAGCCUCAAAGACACGCUUCCUGAAAACCCUAACAUCUACCACUUCUCCGAGAUCUCCGCCGCCACUGCCAACUUCUCCGCCCCACGCCUCUUUUCCUCCUCCUGGCGCUGUAUAAUUCGCCACCGCGAUGUUGUGGUCUCUCGCCGCAACUUCCGCCAACAAAUCGACCUCCCGGAGCUCAGCCACCGCCUGAACUCAUCUGCCGGAGCCAUCGCAGCAGCCUCGUCAAACUUCUCGGCGCUUCCGUCUCCGGCACCGCCAUCUUCCUCGUCUACGAAUUCGUCCCCGGCACCAGUCUCGCCGACUGCCUCCGUAACCGCCGGAAUCCUAGCUUCACCGAUCUCGCCACGUGGACCUCGCCAUAGCCACAAAACGUGUGGCCACGCGCCAAACCUGAAAAAGAGGGGUACCAUCCCAGAACAACAGUGUAUUAAGUUUGUGUUUUCUGUGAAUUCACCCCACUCGUGGUAUUAUGUUGUGCGUAGCAAAAAGGGUAGGAAAGUGAAGCCAGGAGAUGAAGUUGUCGACAAAGGAAAUGUCGAGGAGGGUGAUGUUGACUUGCUGAAUCCCCAGGCUGCUGCCAAAGCCGCUGCCAAAGCUGCCAAAGAGCGGGCAAAACAAAGAAAUCAAAUUACUGCUGAACUAUUUAGUGAGGGUACUGGGGAUAGGCAAGCAAUGAUCGGUGAUAUCUUGUGGCAGGAUAACGAAAAUUUUGUUGAUGAUGGGAUUCAAAUUGAGCCUUUCAACCUAGAUAAAGAAAGGGAAGAAGUUGAUCCAAAAUAUGCUGCAUUGAAAUCUGUACCAACAAAUGAUGAAGAUGACGAGACCCCUGACCUUUCUUCUAAAGAUAUUGGAAUCAUGAAGAGACGCAUUGCAGAUGUUCUUGAACCUGGGGAAACGGUCUUGCAAGCCUUGAGAAGGUUAAAAGAUGGCAGUUAA